CUUUGUUCCCUUUUCUUUGUUUAUGCAAUGGCACACAAAAUAUAAAUCUUAUCCCGAGUCAGUUCUGAAAUACGAAUAGAAAACGGCUCUCUUUCAGACCUCCAACAUGUAGUGCAACAGUAGUAGACGCAUGUAGCUCGGCCACGUGAUCAGUAUGUGCAGAGGCUUAAAAGGAUAGAGUCCAUUUGACAGGAUGUUGGGCUAAGGGUCUUGAAAUAUGUUAUAGGGGAGGCUCUCGAUAUAAAUAGUAGAAAAGGCAAAAAAGCUUAAAUGGUCGUCGAUUUCCCUUUUUCUUUUCCCUGUCUAUUUGCCACAAUGUACGAACCUAAGCCAGCCCUUAUCUCCAACAGAGUCAACGAUUCAUGCUUCAUUGAUAUUGAUAUAACAUCGGGAAAGAGCGACAUUUACAAUGAAGUUCUUCGUCCUAGCAUUGCCAUAAAAUCAGUCUCUUAUUAUGAAAUGAAGUUAAAACAGCAGCCCUACCCAUAUGAUGAGCAACCACGUCAUAGUAUUUUGGUCAUCGAUUCCAUACCAGAAGAAAUCGGGUCUCUAUCGAUUUGGGAAGCUGCAGAAACGGGUAAUUUAGAGGCGUUGAAAUAUCUGAUCGCUUAUCAAGAAAAUAAAGCAAAUGAAAGAGGAGAUAGCAGGGAUGAAGAACAGGAAGGCAAAGAGGAUGUGAUCAAUCAGAGAGACCCCAGCACGGAAUGCACUCUACUGUACACUGUGAUUAUCGCCAACAGCCACAAUCCCUAUCCGUAUCUCCAAUUUUUGCUGGAGCACGGUGCGGACGCGACAGCAAGAAACAUUUACAACAUACAAGCGAUUCAUGCGCUUCUCUUACAUUGCCCAGAACCGAUGGAAUCACUCGAGUUGCUGCUUGACUAUGACGCUGACCCGGACGCGAGAGAUGGCGACGGUUGGUCACCCGUCCAUUAUGCGGCUCGUUUCUGCAAAACGCCCGAACCCGUGUUGCGGCUUUUAUUCAAAAGGGGGGCGGACAUCAACAUGCUCGAUCACUCCAAUAAACGGACGGCUCUGUUUGGCCUUUUGGCCAACGGCGAUUAUGGUAAGACGCUGGAUUGGAUGAUUCACGAGGCGAAAGCCACUGUGAAAGUGAGUGCUGAUUUUUCGCAUCAGAAAAAGAGAGGGACUGUUCAAGGCACUUUGAUUUUGCAAGCCUGUAAAUAUGGAAGGCUUUCAUGCUUGCGUAUGUUGAUAAGCUCUUCAUCGACCAUGGAAAUAUUAACGCCCCUGGUCAGCCAACAAGAACUCAAAAUGGCCAUGGAGCUCAUAAGUCAACAACUACGGAAAGCGACAGAGAAAGAACAAACGGAACAGUUGCAUAUCAUGCUUUCCAUUGUCAAAGAUCUGCAGAAAAAGCUCUAUCCAGCAACGACACCAGGACGUUUUGUCACCGCCGCCAACACUGACAUCCAUCUGGAGGCUCACCACGAACCCAAUCACAUGGAUAUCAUUGAACUAGAGACCCCACCACCUCUUGAACGUAGGCCAAGUUUAUUGAAGCGGUUCUUGAUGAAUUCUCCAUUUUAAAAAAACUGUCUCUCCCUCCAAUAAAAAUCAUGCAUUUUUGGGCAUUAAACACAAAUUUUAUUCAACAAGUUGGAUUUUUUUU